GGUGAUGAAGGUGAGGAUGAUGAAGGUGAGGAUGAUGAAGGUGAGGAUGAAGGUGAUGAAGGUGAUGAUGAAGGUGAGGAUGAUGAAGGUGAUGAUGAAGGUGAUGAUGAAGGUGAGGAUGAAGGUGAUGGAGGUGAGGAUGAAGGUGAAGAUGAUGAAGGUGAUGAAGGUGAGGAUGAAGGCGAGGAUGAUGAAGGUGAGGAUGAUGAAGGUGAUGAUGAAGGUGAGGAUGAAGGUGAUGAAGGUGAGGAUGAUGAAGGUGAGGAUGAAGGCGAGGAUGAUGAAGGUGAGGAUGAAGGUGAGGAUGAAGGUGAGGAUGAUGAAGGUGAGGAUGAUGAAGGUGAUGCUGAAGGUGAGGAUGAUGAAGGCGAGGAUGAUGAAGGUGAGGAUGAAGGCGAGGAUGAUGAAG